AUGAGGUGGUUUCCACUCAGCGUGUUAGACUCUCCUGAAGGAGCAUCUGGAGAAGGAAGGAGGACAGAGAGAGACCUGAUGGAGUCUGAGCAGCUUCCAGCUGCAUGGUCUCUACACGGAGAAGGGGAGGAAGUGGGCGGAGCCUCUCCCCUGUUAGUGGGUGUGUCUGAAGACAUGGGAGGCGGUCCUUUAAUCCCCAUGACACAACAUGGAAAGGAUUCCAGCUCGUCUUCCUCCUCCGACGCCUCGUCUUCAGACAGCGAAGAUCAGAACAAGAAAAAGAAGAAGAAGAAGAAGAAGAAGAAGAAGAAGAAGAAGAAGGAUUCGUCGUCUGACAGCUCGAGCGACGAUGAACGGAAGAGGAAGAAGAGAAAGAAGAAGGACAAGAAGAGAAAGAAGAAAAAGAAGAUGAAGAAAAAGAAAAAAUACUCGAGCUCCAGCUGCUGCUCUUCCUCAUGUGAGAGUGACGACAAAGAAUCGAGACAGAAAUUAAAGAAAGAAUCUGGAAAAUGUUCACCUUGGGGUGAUGCUGCGAGAGACGAGGGGUUAUUACAGGGUAAGCUGGAGGGAAGGACAGAUGGCUGGUCAGCAGUUUCUCCAGAAUUCCCUGCGGUCGGUGAGGCUGAAGGGACUGAUGGAAGACGUGAGGAUGGUGAGAGAGGAGAAGGAGAGAAGAAAGGGAAGCUGAAAAAGAAAAAGGUUUGUGUUUCAUCUUCAGAAUCAUCGUCCUCCUUUUCGGAGAGUUCCUCCUCCGACAGUGAGGAUGAGAAGAAGAAAAAAAAGAAGAAGAAGAAGAUGAAAAAGAAAAAGAAGAAAAAGAAAAAGAAGAGAAAGAAGAAGGACUCGAGCUCAUCUUCAUCUUGUUCUUCUUCCUCAUCGGAUAGCGAGGAUGACAAGAAGAAAAAGAAGAAGAAGAAAAAAAAGAAGAAGAAAAAGAAGAAGAAAAAGGGGAAAAAGAAGGACUCAAGCUCGUCCUCAUCCUCGUCUUCAUCAGACUGCUACUCAGACAGCGAGGACGAAAAGAGAAAGAAGAAGAAGAAGAAAAGACAGAAAAAGAAGAAGAAGAAGAAAGAUACCUGCGGCUCCUCGUCAUCAUCUGACAGUCAGGAGGAACGGAGGAGGAGGAGGAGGGGAAAAGGGGGGAAGAAGAAAAAGAAAUCCAAGAAGAUGAAGAAGAAGAAGGGAUCCGUCUCUCCUUCAACUCACGCUGAGGAUGAAAAACAAGAGAAGAAGGAGGAUCUGAAGGAGGAGGUGAAGGAAGAACCUCAGGACGGAGAAAACCAUGCAGCUGAGGUACGAGGAGACGCAGAGAGAUUCGACACGUUCGCAGACGAUCCGAUACGUGACGUCUUUACCGAGCAGGCGGAGUCUCAGGAGGAGGGCUCCAGGGUCACGUGGAUGGGCGGGGCUUUGGGCUACAGGUCUCACCUGGACAUCGAGAUGAACAGAGACGAGCCACGAUAUCAGACGCAGAAUGAGAACGAAUUGUGAUUUUUUUCUGUGAUUCAGAAACGAAAAAAUUUUGCAAACUAAUUUGAGUUGAAUUUCAGCACUUUUCAAAGACAAUCAGGGUUUUUCUGUGUGAAGUGGAUUUUGGGUUUUUUUUAAGCAUGAAAUGAUCAUUUAUACAUUUUAGAGAUUAAUCUGGAUUUCAGAUGAUUCAAAAUCAAACCUCGAUCGUAAAACUCCAGAAACGUGGUGGUCGUGAGGAGGAGGCUAAAUUAAUCGCAGAAAUCAAUAUUGUAGAAACGCAGAAAAAAUUUACUCAAUGUUUUAUUUUCAAUGAACUUUUAGUCCAUAAAGCGUGUGAGUGAACCUCAAAAGAAUCAUCAGAACUGAAAGUGUUCCACUGACAGGAAAAACCUGACCAUAAGAUUUCUAGGUGCUUCCUUUUAAACGUCCCGUUCCACUCUGAGUUGAGUUGAGUUGAGUUGAGUUGAGUUGAGUUGAGUUGAGUUGAGUUCUCUUCUCUUCUCUUCUCUUCUCUUCUCUUCUCUUCU